CGGGGUGACAGGAUCGUGGCUCUGGUGGUGGCAGAGGGCGUGGCAGGAGGGGUCGGGUUCCGGACAUAGUGUUAAGGUGAAGUCGUCAGGAUUUACUGCCUGGCCUGGCUGUGGGGUGUGCGAGAAAGGGCAGGGUCAGGGCCCAGUCCUUUGGACGAGGAGCAGCCGGGAGGAUGGUGCCUCUGGAAGGAGGCGGCUUGGGGACUUCUGGAGCGCAGGCUGCCCGUGUGGAGUGGGAGCCGUCUGUUGGACGUGGUGGCGGUGUGUGCAGUCUGGAGCCCUGGGAAGGUGGGAAACCCAGAGUGGCAGGUCCAAAGAGCCCACCUCAAGAAUUAAAACUACAAAGAAAAUCUGAUGCGACCUCUCCAGAUUGUCCCGAGCCAACUGUUUUCCCAGCUGUGCUGUGGCCUGAAGCCUCCAGCCCCCACACACACCCAGAUUUGCCUGACAAUGACUCGUCCAAGUUCAAGUAUGGCAGAUUUUCGCAAGCUUUUUGCAAAGGCAAAGCAUAUAGUCGUCAUUUCAGGAGCUGGUGUUAGUGCCGAAAGCGGAGUUCCGACGUUCAGAGGAGCCGGAGGUUACUGGAGAAAAUGGCAGGCUCAGGACCUGGCGACCCCACAGGCCUUUGCCCACAACCCGUCCCGGGUGUGGGAGUUCUACCACUACCGGCGCGAGGUCAUGCAGAGCAAGGAGCCCAAUGCUGGGCACCUCGCCAUCGCUGAGUGCGAGGCCCGGCUGAGCAGACAGGGCCGACGGGUCAUGGUCAUCACCCAGAACAUAGAUGAGCUGCACCAAAAGGCUGGCACCAAGAACCUUCUGGAAAUCCAUGGUAGCUUAUUUAAAACUCGAUGCACCUCGUGCGGAAUUGUGGCUGAGAAUUACAGGAGUCCAAUUUGUCCAGCGUUAUCAGGAAAAGGUGCUCCAGAACCUGAAACAAAAGAUGCCAGUAUCCCAGUUGAGAAACUUCCCCGAUGUGAAGAGGCUGGGUGUGGGGGCUUGCUGCGACCUCACGUCGUGUGGUUUGGAGAAAACCUAGAUCCUGCCAUUCUGGAGGAGGUUGACAGAGAGCUCGCCCUCUGUGACUUAUGUCUAGUGGUGGGCACUUCUUCUGUGGUGUACCCGGCCGCCAUGUUUGCCCCCCAGGUGUCUGCCAGGGGAGUGCCCGUGGCCGAGUUUAACACGGAGACCACCCCAGCCACGAACAGAUUCAGGUACAGGGACACCCUGGUGGGAGAUGGGAAGUGGAGGGCAGGUUUGGAUGUGGUCAUCUCAACAGAGUUUACCUACUGUUCUAAUUUAAACAAAAAAAACAAAGAUACAAUGUUUGUUUUCUUGUUUGGUCUGUAGUUGCUUUUAACGGAAGAACAAAAAAAUCAUUAACUAUAGACUGAGGUAACUAUUAAUACACCUUUUUAUGUGAGAUUUGCCAUAGGGCUUUUGUUUCUUCACAUUUUGAGAACACUUCUUUAAUUCUUUAGGCUUUGCUCUUCAUUUGUAUUUUUGAACUAGAUUUAGUCCUGGCCUUUACAUGUAGGUUGCCCUGGGAGAGGCCCACACAGACCCUCGUCACCCGCUGUUCUCAUGGUGGGGCCCCCUGGGAAAGUUCCUCCUUUGUCUACUUGCCAAGAAUAUUGUAUUUGUGGCCAUAUGAUGACGCUGAUCCUGUUUCUCAAGUUUGUGUGGAAAGUAUAGAUAUCAUAGUAUGCAUUUUUAGUCUCAUUCCAGGUUCCAUUUUAUGUCUUCACCUUUGUUUUGCUUUUUUCCCCUCACUUCACUUUUUUUGCCUUCACUUUUAUCAGUCUGCUUAAUUCCUUCCUAGAAUAAGAUAGAAUAUAAAUAAGUAA